AUGGAGGGCGUAGACCAGGAAGGGGUGAACGCCGUCCAAAAAGCUCUGGACUUUUGGAUGAAACACACCUGUGUAAGUUUCGUCAGAGACAGCAACGCGAAGCCGGAUUUAAUAUUCUUCGCUGGGAUGGGGUGCUACUCCAACGUUGGCUAUAUCGGCAGAGUGCAGUAUAUUUCAAUCGGCAGAGGAUGCGAAACGUUCGGCAUAGUAGCUCACGAAGUUGGCCAUGCACUUGGAAUGUGGCACACGCAGUCUCGACCCGACGCCGACAGGUAUAUAAGGGUCAUGAAGGAGAACAUACCGCCUACAGUACUGCACAACUUCCUGAAGCGCAGCCCUAAAGAUGUCAAUGAUCUCAGAUUGCCGUACGACUAUGGCUCUUUGAUGCACUACGAUGCGCUGGCAUUUUCAUUAAACGGAAAUGCAACACUGCGAUCUACCAAGCCUGGUUAUGAAUACACCUUUGGACAGAGAGAAAAACCUUCUUUCUUGGAUGUGAAAGUGAUCAACGAAGUAUAUUGUAAAGGUACGUCUCUCAUAUAG